AGAAGUGUUUGAGUGGGCGGAUACCUCCCUAUCCUCUUCACCCAAUAAGCAGAACUUAGAAAGUGAUGGAAAGUUUGUGGUGAAAGUGUCUGCUCACAACCUGGAUGACAAUUAGCGGAGAACUUUCGCCGGUGAGCAGCUGCGCACAGAACAGAGUCGUCUCUUUGCUUGCUCAGGAGAUUAAAGAUGGAGUGGCGCCAGCAGACAAGUGUCAGCUGUGCAGACGCCUUCAACGAGGCUCAACGCUGGAUUGAGGAAGUGACUGGAAAAUCGUUUGGUUGCAACGACUUCCGUGCUGCCUUAGAGAAUGGAGUCCUGCUUUGCGACUUGAUUAACCAGUUGAAACCAGGGAUCAUUAAGAGGGUAAACAGGCUUUCUACUCCCAUUGCUGGCCUGGAUAAUGUGAGUGUCUUUCUAAAAGCCUGUGGGAAACUGGGACUGAAUGUCUCUCAGUUGUUUCAUCCAGGAGACCUGCAGGACCUGUCCACUCGUGCAACAGUCAGACGAGAUGAAAGCAACAGAAGACUCAAAAAUGUUCUGAUAACGAUCUACUGGUUGGGUCGUAAGGCUCACUUAGACGCUCUCUACAGCGGUCCCCAGCUUAACUUGAAGGCCUUUGAAGGGCUCUUGGGGUUGGCCUUGUCCAAGGCUCUAGAUGAGGGCGGUAAUGUGUUUGUGAAAGACAGCGGGUACAGAGACGGCUGGGACCAGGACAAGGAGGAGUACCCGCAUAAGAGGCCAAGCUAUAAGAUGCAUCACUCUGUGGACAGCAUCAACUCUCUGGAGUCCAGAGUCCUUCGCCCAAACAGUGAAGGUUGUGGAAGUGACGCAGAGGCCGAGCAGGUAUUCAGGAUGGAGACCACACAGCACUCGACCCAGCAAAACAAAGGUCAUGUCCCACCAGCGCUGCUACAGAGAAAACAAGGACAGGAGGAAAAUGGAGUACUCUCCAGAGCAUAUCAAAUCCAGGUCAAACCUGAGAGAUCAUUUCAGGUCAACCCUGGCUGGAUUUGGAGCAAAUCACUGACUGACAUCCCAAUGUUGUACCCUGUGCGGAAAGUUCCUGCUGGUCACAUCAUUUAUGAUGUGUACCAAGAUGCCGGCAUGGCACAGGAGUGGAAUCACGACGACAAACACAAGUGUAGCGUGGCUGCCAAGGACAGUGAAGCUCAGUGGCAGGAUGACCUGACAAAGUGGAAGAACCGUCGCAGGAGCUCUAAGUCUGAACCCCGCAGAAAGUCCCAGGACAGAGAGCAUGUCAUAAAGCAGAUGGCUUAUGGGGACGGCAGAAUCUUUGACAGAAAUGGAGGACAAGAAGGACGGCUGAAGAGAGACCAACAGUCACCACGCAGGCAUAUCUCUGCCCCCCGUCCUUACUCCACCUCUCCUCCAUUGAAAUCAGCAAGCUUUGAUCUGAAGCCACGUACUCGUGCUCUGCUGGCUCGUAGCUACGCCACAGAGACACCUUACAGCCCCACGGCUCCACUUAGCCCCCGUAUCUCAACCCGCUCUCCGGGGGCAUCCGUUGGAUCCAUGCCCGCCUCAGAUGGGAUCAUUUUGGGAGAGGAGACUCACUUUGCCUCCCUGGCUUCAGAUGGAGCAGGAGUUACCACACCUUCUCCAGACUGUCCUUUCAGCUCCCAGACCCCCGUCAGAGCCCAGGGCUGUCUGGAUCCUUUCGAACCCACUGCUGAAUCCGCCCAGUCAGAAAAUGUCUUUACAAACCAAAUCUCCACGCUGAUCACAACUCUACAGUCGAGCAAGUCCACAGAGUCGCCCAGCAACAGGGUUACAUCUUGCGUUGACCCAAAAGUUACAACUCUUUGCCCUGAUGCAGUUAAUCAGCCAGCUAUUGAUCAUCUGGUGGACUUGACACAUCAAAACCACAAGUCCCACGAAGGCACCCAGAAGGAAUCUUGUGAACCAGCUGUGCAGCAAGGCCGAGGCCAACAGUCUUCAGGCAGCUACAAGUACUUUCCCAGAGCUGGGUCGUGGUCUGGCUCAGCAAGCCUUCCUCGUGGUUACAGGAGAUCUGAGGGCUCAACCCGUCUCUCAUCUGCAAUCACAGCCAGACCCUUUGGGAGCAAGCAGUCCAGGGUGUCCUCACUGUCCAGACUGAGUAAUGUAGACAACAACCAGGGUCUGCAGUUGAAAUGUGAGAAAGAGGAAUAUCCUCAUGUACCCGCUGAAUCGUCACUUAAAAGACAGACUGCAACCAUCCAUCUGAAGAGUCCGUUCCAGGCUGCCAUCUUACUGAAGAAAGAGAAACAGGGCCAACAGAAUGGUACAGAUCAGGGGGAGGAGGUAAAGGGUGUCACUCUUUCAAGCCAGACCUCCUUCCAGGCCCACGGCUAUCACCAUCAGCCCUCCAGCCAAAACCUGCUACUACCGCAGCCUUAUUCAAACCUGCAGGCCCACCACAACAAAAACUCCACCCUUCCUACUUAUGAAACUCUGGACCAAUCACAGGUGGAUCACAGUGACAUGAGAGUGAGCCUUACUCUUAAACCCAACAGUAGACCAGACUUUGGUUUCCAGACUCACUGGGACUCUACUGGGGUGAGGGUCAAAUUCAUUCAGCCAGGCAGUCCGGCGGAGCUGUGCCAGCUGUGUGUGAACGAUGAGAUCGUGGCUGUUAAUGGCAUUGCAGUGGCACACAUGAACUACACCCACUGGAAGGAUAAAAUGACGUCUUCCCUGCAGACCGGCAGUCUGACUAUGGACAUACGGCGCUAUGGCAACAAAGACUGGAGCACCAGUGAGGAGAGUCAUCACAACCAGCCAGGCCAGAGCAGGAUGACCCUCAAUCUAACUGCUUCAGCUCCCGUUCUGAUAGGUUACCCUGAUCACCAUGCCAACAGUGGUGCCUCUACAGACACCACAGUGAAAGUGUCAAAAUCCAAUUGGCAAAGCGACAAUGUUAUGCAGGGUAAAGGCAUGAACGGAGAGCUUGCUGACAACAACAGGACAGCCAGAACUAAAGAUAAUAAUAAUGCUAUAAAGAAAAAUCAGAGACGCAGGGCUGAAUUUUUCAGACAGAAAGGAGGUUCAGAAUCUGCAAUAUCUGAUCUCCAGGUGCCAUCGCUCAGCCCCUCCUCGUCCAGCUGGUCAUGGGACCAUGAAGAAGAUCGAAGGCGUCAGGAGAAGUGGCAGGAAGAACAGGAGCGCCUCCUACAGGAGCAGUACCAGCGGGAUCAGGAGAGGCUGGAGGCUGAGUGGCAGAAAGCACAACAAGAUGCAAUGGGAGAGAAGAGCAGCUUUGCUGGUGGGAUAACCAACGAUAGUGAGCGCUUUUCCAGCACCCUGUUUCAUGUGAACGGACUGACAAACAAAACCAGAGACGAGGAGCACAGCCCUGAGAAACACGACCUGAAAGAAGCAGGAUCAAAGACUCAAAGUGAUGCACAAGGAGUGCAGAGGGACAGGAUCAAUGGACAAGCCUGGGCUGAGGACUUGUGUGGCUUUGCACAGCUGUCGCCUGCACACAGGGCAAAGUCCUUGUCUACCCCCGUAUUAGCUGGCACUCACAAACAGCCCAGAGGUGAACAGAGGAAAAGCAUGGGACACUCUGUUUCUAAAGGUGAGAAAGAGAGACAGCAGAUUUUGGAGGAGAUGAAGAAGAGGAAUCAUCUUCUGACUGACAACAGCUGGAUACGUCAGCGCAGCAGCAGCUUUUACAAGGAACCAGUCUAUUUGGGUGUUCCUCUCAAGAGAUAUGAGUCUCUGGACAACCUGGAUGCUUUCCGCCAGUCACCAAUCUCUAGCACUACAUUCAGUUACCCUCGUCCACACUCAGCUGCCCCGGGUUAUGGUGCUCCCAGUAGGAACUCAUCCUCCCGCUACAGCACUGGAGGUAUACCAUACCAGAGAAGUACAACCAUUGACUCUGCUCAUCAAGGAAGGAUCAGUGGCAGGAGGACUUGCAGUGUGUGUGAACGCCUCCUGGGUAGUGGGGCAGCCAUGGUCAUAGAGACCUUAAGUCUCUGCUUCCACCUUGCCUGUUUCCAGUGCGUGGGCUGCCAGCGACACCUCGGAGGAACUGAGACUGGAGUCCAGGUUCGAGUCCGAAACAGGAAGCCCUUCUGUGAGCCCUGCUAUUUUCAACUCAAGUCCCCUUGUGCCCCCUCCAUGUGAGCAACUCACCUCCCUCAAGAUUACUGAGUAGCACCAGAAUCAGGGUGAAUUUCAGCCAGAAAAAACUGCAAGAACACGGAGUGAUAUCAUCCACACAGCCAAGGCACGAGUUUUAUGUCCUACAAUAACAAGUUGUGAACUCUAUGAUGUGGUAUAAAAUGUUGUCGUGUGGAUCCACAGGUUAAUAAUACUCUCGACUUCUGUUCUUUUAAAUAUAGUUAAUAUAGUACUUAGUGUGUCUGUCCUUUCUUCUGCUAAUGUGUUUUCAGUCAAAUUUAAUAUAUGAAAUAAAGUAAUGAAAUGAUUAGUGUUUGAUAAAUAAUGUUAUUUUUCUGUCAUAUUUAGUUUGCUAUUUUCCUAAUAGCCUUUUACAGAUAUCAGAUAAUCGGCAUUAAUGUAACACCUGUAUGGAGGCACCUUUUAACCUUCUGUACUGAAGCACUUUCUUCUUUGUUCUAAUCUCACUAAGUGCACUCUGGGAUUAAUAAAUGGUCUGUCAAACACAUGUAUCUCUAACAUUAAAAAUGACCUUUAAUAAAAUCUUAAUUGAAUAAAGUACACAGAGCUUUA